GAAAAUUUUAAUUCAUAUUGAUUAUUAUAAAUAUGAAAUUUCUCGGUCUUCUACUCCUAAUCACCUAUGUGUCUGCUUUUCCCAGCGGAGCACCUGAAGAGGCUUGUGAGGACUUAACACCUUUGCAUUUAGUUAGUCCACAAACUUCGCCUUUUCCAUAUACUGUUGAAGUUACUAAAGAUGGUGAUAACUAUAAAGUAACCCUCUCCGCUACUGGAGAUGAUGUCUUCAGAGGAUUUCUUAUGCAAGCCAGAAGAGGAACUGACAGAACACCAAUAGGAAAAUUUGAAGGCUUUAACAACGAAUCUACUGGUUUGACUUGCAACGGAGGAACAGAUAACAGUGCCACCCAUGCUAACGCUGUUAGUAAAAAGUCCAUUUCUGUAACUUGGAAUCCAAAUGGAGCAAAUACAGAUAAUGUUCAAAUUUUCGUUUCGGUAGUUAGAUUAUUCGAUACCUUUUGGGUUAGAUUUCCUGCAUCACUGCCAUGAAGAUUUUUAAAAAAGAUGAUAAAUUGAUUAAACUAUUUAAAAAAAACAUAUAAAAAAUGGCUUUUGUAAUUUCAAAUUGUUUCUAGCAUACAAAUAGACAAGUGUAUAUAUCGUAAAUAUACAGUAUUAAUAUACAUAUACAUAUAUAUUA